ACAUACGACCAAACAGAAUUUCGAACUCUGAGAAUCCAAAAGCUGCUCAACAAUGGCAGAUUUAGAAAACCCAGAUGUGAUGAUGAAGCUGAUAACAUUUCUGUCUUCUCUUCUCCAAAGAGUGGCUGAGUCGAACGAUCUCAACCGUCGACUCCAACCCCAGAAAAUCUCAGUCUUCCAUGGCCUAUCUCGCCCGACCAUCACCAUCCAAAGCUACCUGGAGAGAAUUUUCAAGUACGCCAAUUGUAGCCCUUCUUGCUUCAUCGUUGCAUACGUUUAUCUCGAUCGCUUUGCUCAAAGGCAAGCCGCGUUGCCCAUCAAUUCCUUCAACGUUCAUCGUCUUCUUAUCACAAGUGUCAUGGUGGCCGCCAAAUUCAUGGAUGACAUGUACUACAACAAUGCUUACUAUGCAAAAGUAGGAGGAAUCAGCACAACAGAAAUGAACUUUCUUGAAGUGGACCUCCUAUUUGGUUUGGGCUUCAGAUUAAAUGUGACACCCACCACCUUCCACACCUACUGCUCUUACCUCCAAAGAGAGAUGAUGCUGCAGCAACCUCCUGUUAUUGUAGCAGAACCAUCUCUAAAUCUAGGGAGAUCACUAAAAGCCCACUUGUGCUUCAAUGAGGAUGAACCCUCCCAUCAAAAGCAACAACUAGCCACUUAAGCUCUAAUUAUUGCACAUGAUCUCUAAAUGUAGUUUAGAAAUAGAGGUAGUUUACUUUUUCUCUAUAUUUUGGGUUGGCCAAUUGAGCUUAUGACUUUGUGUACCUACUAAACUCUUUGUUUUUAAGAUUCGGAUCUCCAGCAACUUGUUAUCCGGAUUGUAACAAAUGUGAAAGAGUUCUUAUGGAUUUACCUAUCCGAACAGAUCUCAAACAACCCAAUUACUUAUUAGGACAAAUAAACCUUAUAGAACCUCUUUCGCAUUUAUUAUC